AUGGAGGACUGCAAGCGCCUCUUCCAGCUAAUUAAAAUCAUCCAGAGCGUGUCAGCUGACAAAUCUGAGACUCCUCUUCAACCCGGUUGUGUUUACCUCCAUCCUAUGAAAACCAGAUCAGGCCCACGAAGGCAGCUACACUUUGAUUCAUCUUCUAUGACAGUGUUUUUCAACCAAGUGGCUUAUGUGUCUGGAUACAACUAUGGAGUGCCCCAGACUUGCUUAAGGUCCAACACAUCAGAAAAAGAUGCAUCGUGGAGAGAAACAGACAAAAUAAGAGUUUGUGUCAGAAAGCGCCCCCUGGGGUUAAGGGAAGAAAGACGUGGAGAAAUUAAUGUGGUUACAGUGGAAGAUAAAGAAACCAUAUCAAUAUAUGAGAAAAAAGUAGAAAUCUCAGAAUAUAUUCUUCAGCACAUAUUUUAUUUUGAUGAAGUCUUUAGUGAGGAUUUCAGCAAUCAUGAUGUAUACAUGAAGACUGCUCAUCCACUCAUUCAGCAUGUAUUUAACGGUGGAAAUGCCACAUGCUUUGCUUAUGGACAAACAGGAGCUGGAAAAACAUAUACUAUGAUUGGUACUCAGAAAAAUCCAGGGCUGUAUGCACUCGCCGCAAAAGACAUAUUCAGCAGCUGGAGUCCGUGCCUUCCAGGAAAGAUCAUUUUUGUUUUGAUCAGUUUUUAUGAAAUCUACUGCGGACAACUGUAUGAUUUGCUCAACGGAUGAAAGAGGCUUUUUGCAAGAGAAGAUGGUAAACACGUAGUACAAAUUGUUGGCCUGCGUGAAGUUCAAGUCAGUGGUGUGGAUUUACUGCUAGAGAUGAUUCAGAAAGGUAGCACAGAGCGCAGCAGAGGUGCCACAGGAGUAAACUCCUCUCGGUCCCAUGCAAUCAUUCAAAUCCAGAUAAAAAAUGCAGCUAGAAGGAAGUUGGGAGAAUCUUUUUUUAUUGAUUUGGCUGAAAGUGAAAGGGCUUCUGAUGCCAAAGUCCAACAAACUAAAAUGGAAGGAGCGGAAAUAAACCAGAGUCUUCUUGCUCUUAAGGAGUGUAUACGCGCACUGGAUCAAGAACAAGCACACACUCCUUUCCGACAAAGCAAACUUACUCAGGUGUUAAAGGACUCAUUCAUUGGGAAUUCCAAGACCUGCAUGAUCGCUAAUGUGUCUCCAAGUCACGUAGCUACCGAGCACACACUGAACACAUUACGUUACGCAGACAGGGUUAAAGAGCUAAAAAGAGGAAUUAAAUGUUCUUCAUCUUGCUUAAAUCGAGUCAGAUCGGAUGCACCAGCCUCUCCAAAGCGUGUACAGAACUCUCUCUCUACUCUUGGAGAAAAGGUUUCGCCAAAGAAAGUAAAACUGGGAUUACAAAUCAAUUCAAUUCUACCUCUGGUUCGGCAAAACCUAAGACAUACCCUUCCGUCUUUCAUCCAGCAAAUAUUCCCUUCUCAACCACUCCAAAAUUCAUGA